AGCAGUGUCCCCCACGAUGUCCAGCGGUCGCGCGAAAACGAUACUGAUCACCUCCGCCUCCGGGCGCACCUCGCUGCAUGUCAUUGCUGCCUUACUGUCCCGCCUUCCCUCCCUUUCCCCCGCUCCGUCCAUACGCCUACUCGUCCACUCCGAAUCAUCUGUAAAGACCGUCACAGAAUCAUUAGCAUCCCUUCCAUUCGGAUCCUCAUCAUUCGUAGCAUCCUUCGUUGUCGCAGACUAUCUUGAUUACUCCUCCUUGCCCCCAGCAUUCAAGAAUGUCGACAUCAUCUUCUACAAUGGCCCGGCGUUCCACCCAAACGAGACAGCCAUGGGCAUCAACGCAGUAAACGCAGCGAAGGAGACUGGAGUAAAGCACUUCGUUUACUGCAGUGUCUUGCAUCCGUAUCUGUCAAAGCUGCUGAACCACAAAGCUAAGCUCGGAGUAGAAGAGUACUUGACUGAAUCUUCCCUACCCUAUACGAUCCUCCAGCCCACUUCCCUCAUGCAAAACUUUCCUCUCCCCAGGCUCCUAGAUUCUCCCCCAUCGGCACCUGUCUUGCUGGACUGCCCCUACUCCCCUACCACCCUCCAGGGCUUCCUCUACCUGCCGGAUCUCGCCGAAAUCGCGGCGAACAUCCUGCUCGACCCCGAGCCUCACGUCUUCGCGUCCUACCCCUUGGUGGGCGAGAACAUCUCUCUGCACUCCGUCGCGGACGUCAUUAAAGAAGAGACAGCUAGACCGGUGCAGUGCCUCACAUUAGACAGGGAGCAAGCGAAGAAGGAGUGGGGCGAGAAGGGGGCGAGGAUGUACGGGGAGGCCCUGAGGGAGUGGUCGGCAGAGGCAUGGGAACGGAUGGUGUGGUAUUACGACAAACGCGGUAUCCCAGGGAAUAGUAACAUCACCCGCUGGCUCCUCGGCCGCGAACCGACGACAUGGAGAAUGUGGCUGAAGAGUCUGCAGUCGGGGUCGUGAUCGAAGAGCAACCAUUUUCUUGAGUUGACAGUUGAAAGUGUAAGACAAUACUCCUCCUGUGUAAAAUCCUGACGCGUCUUGGAUAAUUUGUUGGAUCUGUCUUGAUGCGCCUAGUGCGAC